GAAAGCAAGAGUGGGAGAGGGAGUGAGAAGUAGAGAGUGGGAGGACUGAAAUAAGUAGCACCGAUAAAGAUGUGGUCGGGGCCACAAGGGUAAAACUCUCGGAGUGAGACAGGGGAAGUGGAAGGGGGGGAUCAGUCAACAAAACUGGAGGAGAGGGAGAGGAGGCAAGACAGAGGGGACAUCUGUACCAGUGACGGAGGGAUCAUAAUCAAGUGAAUUGGACUGGGAACGCCGCUUCAACAUCAAAGGGUAAAAAAGACUUCUUCAGGACGACGAGCAAAGUCGCAACGAGCUGAGAAAUGUCACCUCUUAAUAUAUCCCUGUACGGGUGAAUGAGGAGAAUUGGAAACUUAAUCUAUAAUCAAUCACCCCAGUGGAGUCCGUUAUUGAUCCAGGACUUGGGCUGUGUGGAUCUUUCAAAACCUCAGGACAAACCAGACAAAGUUCGAGCGCUGGUGCACGUGUGUUGUCUGACGUACACCGACUCUCUGAAAGGACCCCGGUGGGACAGAUUAAGAUAUUUUUAUUAACUCUGGGAAGCAGCACUGCGACCUGUCCCUGUUUGGACUUUGUCUUUCAAAGAAGACAUUUUUAAUCAUCUCUGAUUUGUAUGUUCGUGUUUGAGUUGCGCAGGAACAUCGCAGUUUAAAUGUGCUUUGACAAUACAGUACACAAUACAGAGUUUGACUGCAACCCAAACUGCACCACUGGGACUAAUCAGAGAACGUGUUUUAUUGUUUUUCUCUUAGCUUUUAGUGCAGUUAGCGCUCCAGUUACAUUUUUAAGCCGUGCUGUCAUCCAGGAUAGAUUAGGUGUGCUUUCGCUGCAGUGAGUGAAUCAUUUUGUAGAAAGAACUCACGGCAUCAGUGCUGUAUUUAGUUUCCCGGAGGAUUGUGCUGGAGGGAUAGGUGCCAUUAAAGGUUAUGCCCGUCCAUGCUCGCAAUAGUUGUCUGAGAAGAAUCAUAACUUCCUUUGCUUGUAGAAAUGGAAUUCAUAACACUGGAGGAGGAGUAAAUAUUUAGAUUCACAGAUAUUGAAAGUGUCAUCGAAGAAGAUAUUAUUACUACUGCAGGAUUGUGCGCCUUCCCCCUGAGACUAAACCACAGUCCAACUCCUCAGUUCUCAGCUGUGCUGUGACAGCUCUAAGUGCAUUAAAUGACCUGACUAAAGGACCUUUCCAACAGUGGUACCUGUAGCAGUGAAGCACCAUCAGGACAAGAAGAAAACUUUGGAUAAGAAAUUACUGGAGCUGCAAUUAACGGCCCAAUCCAAACACUGAAAAGUUCUAGAGAGGAUUGAGGAGAGUGUUACUACUGGACUGUGAGAGGAGUGAGAGACCACCGGAGCCAUGCUGAGAAGCCUGUUCCAGAGGAAACCUAAACAUGAGAGACUGGAAGAGGAACCUGAGGUCAGAUUUAAAGGCUUGCUGGUGUCAGAGAGAGAACUUGGAUACCAAUAUGUCCGACCUGGAGGCUCCGACUACUCUCCCCCUCCCCCCCUGCCUCGGCCUCCUCCCCCUGGCCUGACAAAUGAGCACAGCGGCGGUGGCAGCCAUGGUGACCACGGUGGUGGAGGGGGCGGGGUCAAUCACGGGGUGGGCGUGGUGGGCCUGGCUCCGGAGCACAUGGCCACUCCGGGGGCGGCCCUGAGCUGGCAGGCGGCCAUCGACGCUGCACGGCAGGCAAAGGCGAUAGGCAACGCCGUGUCAGUUGGAGGGGCGGGGCUUGGGUCGGGAGGCGGCGGGCCCAUCUCCACGGCUAGCUCCACGCAACGGAAGAGACAACACUAUAGCUCCAAGCCGAAGAAACAGACAACGACGACAGCCACAAGGCCGCCACGGGCCCUACUCUGUCUAACACUCAAGAACCCCAUCCGCAGGGCCUGCAUCAGCAUCGUAGAGUGGAAACCAUUUGAGAUCAUCAUCCUGAUGACCAUUUUCGCCAACUGUGUGGCCUUAGCCGUCUACAUCCCCUUCCCUGAGGAUGACUCGAACGCCACCAACUCCAACCUGGAGCGUGUGGAGUAUCUGUUCCUCAUCAUUUUCACAGUGGAGGCGUUCCUGAAGGUAAUAGCCUAUGGCCUGCUCUUCCACCCCAAUGCGUACCUGAGGAAUGGCUGGAAUCUGCUUGACUUCAUCAUUGUAGUCGUAGGGUUAUUCAGCGCCAUCUUGGAGCAGGCCACCAAGGGGGACGGGGGCACUCCCAUCGGAGGGAAAGCAGCGGGCUUCGAUGUCAAGGCUCUGAGGGCAUUCAGAGUACUCAGACCCCUAAGACUUGUGUCUGGAGUGCCAAGUUUACAGGUAGUGUUGAACUCCAUAAUCAAAGCCAUGGUUCCUCUGCUCCAUAUCGCCCUGCUGGUCCUCUUCGUCAUCAUCAUCUAUGCCAUCAUCGGCCUGGAGCUCUUCAUGGGCAAGAUGCACAAGACCUGCGCUCAUGAGCAUAUAGGCACCAUUGCAGAGGAGAAGCCUGCACCAUGUGCACCUGCCGGGGCUUAUGGUCGACACUGUUCUCACAACGGAACCGAGUGCAAAGUGGGAUGGGAGGGUCCGAACGACGGCAUUACCAACUUUGACAACUUUGCCUUUGCCAUGUUGACGGUGUUCCAAUGUAUAACCAUGGAAGGCUGGACGGACGUGCUAUACUGGAUGCAGGAUGCUAUGGGCUAUGAGCUGCCGUGGGUCUAUUUUGUCUCUCUCGUCAUCUUCGGCUCCUUUUUCGUUCUCAAUCUCGUUCUGGGGGUGUUGAGCGGAGAGUUUUCCAAGGAGAGGGAGAAAGCCAAGGCUCGCGGAGACUUCCAGAAACUCAGAGAAAAACAGCAACUGGAGGAGGACCUCAAGGGCUAUUUAGACUGGAUCACUCAGGCUGAAGACAUUGACCCAGAGAAUGAGGAGGAGGGCAUGGACGAUGAUAAACCCAGAAAUCUGAGCAUGCCAGCCAGUGAGAAUGAAUCAGUCAACACAGACAAUGCCCCCGGGGGAGACGUGGAGGGUGAGACCUGCUGUACCCGGCUAGCAAAUAGGAUCUCCAAAUCCAAGUUCAGUCGCUACUCACGAAGGUGGAACAGGCUAUGCAGAAGAAAGUGCCGGGCAGCGGUCAAAUCUCAAGUUUUCUAUUGGCUGGUCAUCUUCCUGGUUUUCCUCAACACACUCACCAUAGCCUCUGAACAUCACCAGCAGCCUCAGUGGUUAACGGACGUACAGGACAUAGCCAAUAAGGUGUUGCUAGCACUCUUCACUGGUGAGAUGCUGUUGAAGAUGUACAGUCUGGGCCUACAGGCGUACUUUGUUUCGCUCUUUAACCGCUUUGACAGCUUUGUAGUAUGUGGAGGAAUCCUGGAGACCAUUCUGGUGGAGACCAAGAUCAUGUCUCCUCUUGGCAUCUCUGUGUUACGUUGUGUGCGCUUGCUACGGAUCUUCAAAAUAACCAGAUACUGGAACUCACUGUCCAACCUGGUGGCCUCCCUGCUAAACUCUGUCCGCUCCAUCGCUUCGCUGUUGCUCCUGCUCUUCCUCUUCAUCAUCAUCUUCUCCCUGCUCGGCAUGCAGCUCUUUGGGGGGAAGUUCAACUUCGACGAGACCAGACGCAGCACCUUCGACAACUUUCCCCAGUCUCUGCUCACCGUGUUUCAGAUACUAACAGGAGAGGACUGGAACUCUGUAAUGUACGAUGGCAUCAUGGCGUAUGGCGGACCGUCCUUCCCUGGCAUGCUGGUCUGCAUCUACUUCAUCAUCCUCUUCAUCUGCGGAAACUAUAUCCUGCUGAAUGUCUUCUUGGCCAUCGCUGUCGACAAUCUGGCAGACGCUGAGAGCCUGACAUCUGCCCAGAAAGAAGAGGAGGAGGAGAAGGAGAGGAAGAAACUAGCCAGGCUCGCCAGUCCAGAGAAACGCCACAACAACGAGAAGCCGCCUCUGAAGGAGGAGAAGAAGAAGAAGAAGGAGAAAAUAGAACUGAAGUCCAUCACUUCAGAUGGAGAGACCAACACCGCUACUAAGAUCAACAUGGAUGACUACUGUGGAGAUGAGAGUGAAGAGAAGAAUCCAUAUCCUGCAAACGAUUACAUAGGUGACGAGGAGGACGAGGAGCCAGAGAUGCCGGUUGGGCCAAGGCCGCGGCCACUUUCCGACGUUCAGCUGAAGGAGAAGGCCAUUCCCAUGCCUGAGGCUCGAGCUUUCUUCGUCUUCAGCCACACCAACAAAUUCAGGGUUCUGUGCCAUAAGAUCGUCAACCACAACAUCUUCACCAACCUCAUCCUCUUCUUCAUCCUGCUCAGCAGCAUCAGUCUGGCAGCGGAGGACCCGGUCAAGAACGACUCUUUCAGAAACCAGAUCUUGGGCUAUGCAGAUCAUGUCUUCACCGGACUAUUCACCAUAGAGAUCAUUCUUAAGAUGACAGCCUAUGGAGCCUUCGUCCACAAAGGUUCAUUCUGUAGAAACUAUUUUAACAUUCUGGACCUGGUGGUGGUCAGUGUGUCCCUCAUCUCCUCUGGAAUACAGUCCAGUGCCAUUAAUGUGGUGAAGAUCUUGAGAGUUCUGCGAGUGCUCAGACCCCUGAGAGCCAUCAACAGAGCCAAGGGCCUAAAGCACGUGGUGCAGUGCGUGUUUGUUGCCAUCAGGACCAUCGGCAACAUCGUCAUCGUCACCACGCUGCUCCAGUUCAUGUUUGCCUGUAUUGGAGUACAGCUUUUUAAGGGCAAGUUCUUCUUUUGUUCAGACGAGUCGAAACAGACUCAGUCAGAUUGCAGGGGUUCCUACAUCAUGUAUAAGGACGGAGAUGUGGGGAAGCCUCAAAGAGCCCACAGAAAUUGGGAGAACAGUGAAUUUAACUUUGAUGACGUCCUGCAAGGCAUGAUGGCUCUGUUUGCUGUGUCUACCUUUGAGGGCUGGCCAGGGUUACUGUACCGGGCCAUAGACUCUCACGCUGAGGAUGUCGGACCCGUUUACAACUACCGCGUGGUUAUCUCCAUCUUCUUCAUCAUCUACAUUAUCAUCAUUGCAUUCUUCAUGAUGAACAUCUUCGUCGGUUUCGUCAUCGUCACAUUCCAGGAGCAAGGAGAGCAAGAGUAUAAGAACUGUGAACUGGACAAGAACCAGCGUCAGUGUGUGGAAUAUGCCUUGAAGGCCCGCCCAUUGCGCCGCUACAUCCCUAAGAACCCCUACCAGUACAAGGUGUGGUAUGUGGUGAACUCCACCUACUUUGAGUACCUGAUGUUCACACUCAUCCUCCUCAACACCAUCUGUCUGGCCAUGCAGCAUCAUGGGCAGACCUCAAAUUUCAAUGACGCCAUGAACAUCCUCAACAUGCUCUUCACUGGACUCUUCACUGUGGAGAUGAUCCUGAAACUGAUUGCCUUCAAACCAAGGGGGUACUUUAGUGAUCCCUGGAAUGUGUUUGAUUUCCUCAUCGUAAUUGGCAGCAUAAUAGACGUCAUUCUCAGUGAGAUCAACCCAGCUGACUCCUCCUCGUCCUCGUCCUCCUCCUCUUCGUCCUCCUCCUCCUCUUCCUCCUCUCACCCCCCUGUGGUAAGGCCAAUGGUACGCUCCGACGGUAACCUCGCCCGUCUCCCCACCUCUUCCAGCAUCCCUCCAUCCCUCCAUCCUUCCACCCCUCCUCCUGCUACGCCGUACAUGGGACUGCAGAACUCUGAAGAGAACGCCAGGAUCUCCAUCACCUUCUUCCGGCUGUUCCGCGUCAUGAGGCUGGUGAAGCUGCUGUCUCGUGGGGAAGGGAUUCGGACCCUGCUGUGGACCUUCAUCAAAUCCUUCCAAGCUCUGCCAUACGUAGCUCUGCUUAUAGUGAUGCUAUUCUUCAUAUACGCUGUCAUCGGCAUGCAGAUGUUUGGUAAGAUAGCGCUGCGGGACCACACGCAGAUCAACAGGAACAACAAUUUCCAGACGUUCCCUCAGGCAGUGUUGCUGCUGUUCAGAUGUGCAACUGGUGAGGCGUGGCAGGAGAUCAUGCUGGCGUGCUCGCCCAAUCGGCCAUGUGAGAAGGGAUCGACCAAUGAGAACAGCUCACCAUACGAGGACUGUGGCAGCCAGUUUGCCAUCAUUUACUUUGUCAGCUUCUACAUGCUCUGUGCCUUCCUGAUCAUCAACCUGUUUGUGGCUGUCAUCAUGGACAACUUUGACUACCUGACACGUGAUUGGUCGAUCCUGGGGCCGCAUCAUCUUGACGAGUUCAAGAGGAUCUGGGCUGAAUAUGACCCAGAAGCCAAGGGGAGGAUAAAGCAUCUUGAUGUGGUGACUCUGCUCCGGAGAAUACAGCCCCCCCUCGGCUUUGGAAAGCUUUGUCCCCACAGAGUUGCCUGCAAGCGUCUAGUGUCAAUGAACAUGCCUCUGAACAGCGAUGGAACAGUAAUGUUCAAUGCCACAUUGUUUGCCCUGGUCAGAACCGCACUCAGGAUUAAGACGGAUGGUAACCUGGAGCAGGCCAAUGAGGAACUGAGGGCAAUAGUGAAGAAGAUCUGGAAGAGAACCAGCAUGAAGCUCUUAGAUCAAGUAGUGCCCCCUGCUGGUGACGAUGAGGUAACAGUCGGGAAGUUCUACGCAACCUUCCUCAUCCAGGAAUAUUUCCGCAAGUUUAAGAAAAGGAAAGAACAAGGGCUGGUGGCCAAGGUGGCUCCGAAAACUGCCCUCUCUCUGCAGGCGGGCCUGCGGACGUUGCACGAUAUUGGUCCAGAGAUUCGGAGGGCCAUCUCUGGAGACCUGACUGUGGAGGAGGAGAUGGAUAAAGGCCUGAAGGAGCCUGUGUCGGCUGCAUCUGAGGACGAUAUCUUCAGGCGAACGGGUGGGCUGUUCGGCAACCAUGUCAACUACUACAACCAGAGUGAUGGCCGUGUGUCCUUCCCACAGUCCUUCACUACCCAGCGUCCCUUGCACAUCAGCCAGAAGGGCUCACCUUGCGAAGGUGAUAGCCCGUCCCAUGAGAAGCUCAUGGACUCGACCACUUUCACUCCGUCCUCUUACUCCUCGUCAGGCUCAAACGCCAACAUCAACAACGCCAACAACACAGGCAUGGUCGUAGUUCCAACUGAGGGAGUCAGUCGAUUCCCGAGCCCGACUAUAAGCACUGUUGACGGACACACAGGACAGCCCCUCACCCCCAUCCUGCUGCCAAGAUCUGCGUGGUGCUUUCCUCCAAAGAGCUCGGACUCAAGUGACAGCCAUCUGCCAAUCCUACGGAGAGGGGAGGAUUCCACGGAGGAGACGUAUGAUGAGAGCUACGUGGACGACAUGGAGUACCACGAGGAUGACCACUCGCUCUCUUCUGACAUGCUCGUGUAUCAUGAUGAAACAUGUAAGCAGUUGACUCCCAUGGAGGAAGGAGAGGAGGUAGAGGACAGAAGAGGAGGAGGAGGGUGGCAGUCUCCCAGGAGAGUCUUCCUCUGCCCCACUUCACUGGGGCGAAGAUCGUCCUUCCAUCUGGAGUGUCUCAGGAGACAGUCAAGGCCAGACGUCUCCCAGAAGACAGCUGUGCCCUUACACCUCGUACAUCAUCAGGCGCUGGCAGUUGCAGGGUUGAGUCCUCUGUUAAGAAGGAGUCACUCACCCACCCUCUUCAGCCGGCUGUGCUCCACGCCUCCAGCCAGUCCCACAGCCCAUGGCAGUGAUGCCUCCUACCAGCGAGUGCCCUCUCUGAGGCUAGAGGGCACAAACUCCCAUGAAAAGCUCAAUACCAGCUUACCCUCUGUCAACUGUGGGCCCUGGUACAGUGACAGUAAUGGGAACAGCCGAGGGCCUAGUCCCAGUCUCACCCCCAGCGGGUCAAUGUCCAAUCAAAGAGCACCUCGGCCGGUGUCACUCACAGUGCCCUCGCUACUGGGAAAAGACUACAGCUCACUGUCUCAUGGCAGCGCAGGCAGUCUGGUGGAGGCGGUGCUAAUAUCAGAGGGUUUGGGUCAUUUCGCUCAGGACCCGUCGUUCAUCGAGGCAACCAAAGCCGAGUUGGCUGAUGCCUGUGACAUGACCAUCGAGGAGAUGGAGCACGCCGCCAACAACAUUCUCAACGGCAACAACACUACCACCACCAUCACCACCACCACAAACGUCACAUCCAGCACCUCCUCUAACUCCCAGAACAGCCCUAAUGGCAACCUCCUCCCCUUCCACACAGAAGCAGCAUCAAUGCACAGGGACCGAGUGGGCAGCUUGAGUCCAAGCGAAGGCGGGGGAGAGGCAGGAGGGAGCCGAAGCUCCGUCCAUGAGCCGUCCUCUAUGGAGGAACGGCAGGAGCUGCUAGCAGGGGGGAGAGGACAGGAGGAGGAAGAGGAGGAGGAGGAGGAAGAGGCAGGGGAGAGGGAGGAGGGGCACCACAGAGCCUCAGAUGUAAUUGGAGAAACGCGGCAGAGGAACAGCGGGCUGUUGGAGGAUGAGGAUAUGGAGUGUGUGACGAGUUUGUAGGAGUCAGCUCGUCGGAUUCGAUCAGCCAACUGGCCCCUCUGACAUCAUCAGAGACUGACGCUUGUCAGUGCUGGGUAACAGCGCCGCGGCUGGCUCUGUCUGUCCCCACCCCCCACACACCCACACACACACUGUCUGCCUCUCUGCGAGACGUGACUGCUCUGGACAAUGGCCGCCAGUGACGCAACUUUAAACACCUGGUUACAACUUUGUUGGUUUAUAUGAGUUUUGUAUGUGCGUGAAUGUUUGUAGUAAAGUUUACCACACUAUACUCUAUACUAUCUGACUGUAUGCUUGUGUGGUCUAUGAUUUUCUCUAUUUGUACAUGUACGUGUGUGUGUGUGUACUCACCACACAUGUUUGAGUGUGUCUCUAAAGUGCCUCACAGUUUUAUCAUGUCCUCAAAGAGCGAUGAGCAGGAAAGUAGAGACGAGUAAAGAAGUGGAAGGAAAGUAGGAUGAAGGAGACAACAGAGGCAGGAAGUCAUUUUAUAGAUUUCCUGCGGUCGAUAUCGCGGGUUUAUGGAUUUCAUUUCCUAUGCCUACUUUGGUGUUGUGUUAUUGUUGUUUGCCUGGCCGCCAUGAAGCCUGGUGGGGGACAGCAGACCAGCUUGUGGGGGGGUCAGUUAAGGAUUAAAAUCUGACUGCACCCACUUGAGGUCAAAGGUCAACUCCUCUUUCUUAGUUCACUGAUGAUGAAGCGCUGUAUUGAGUAAAACAGGGGCAGGGAAACCCCUGUUUGAAAUGUCAUUUCUCCUCCUCUCCCAAAGCUAAGGAACCAUGGAGCACAGCCCUGCCAGCCUGUGGAUGGGAUUAAAGUGACACACCACCCUCAGCCAAAGGGGGGAAGGAUUUGAGGGAUGGACCAACAGCCACCGCUGAUCAAAGGGGCAACAGGCAGAGAGAGACACUCUCUGGCCAACAGGAAGCCGCCCAGCUCUUUUUUCCACUGAUCAGUUAUCGAGAGACAAACUCACCUCGUCAGUCGCCGAGUUCGGGCUUUGUCUCCUCUGCCGCGUUUCCCUCGGUUGGCCAUGACCUCUUCCUGUCCCAAACCGGAAUGGGAGGAGCAUUUGGUGGCCAAGCAGAGACAGCAAGCCCUCUUUUCUGCCUCAUACCUCGCCAUUCCUCACACUUCCCUCUCUCCUUCCUCCCUCCUCUUUGGUUGUUCAACCAUCCCUGCCGCCUCCAUCUCUGGGUUUUUGCUUUUUCAGCCCUUGGGGAGGCGUGUGUGUGUGUGUGCGUCAACAGAGAUGGUGGAGAAGAGAAUGGGAGUGACCAAUUUGAAAGAACACAGACUAGCGGGCAUUGGUCCACACAGGAUCUGUCUGCCAAUCAACUUCACUUCCUUCUCCGAGACCCUCCUCUUCCUCCUAGAGUGGAAUCCUAUUGGAUUUGCUGCCACACUCGCUCUCUACAGACCACGCCCACUAUGUAUUUAACAGUUCAAUAUUGUGCAAAACUGGCUAGCCAUGACUAUUUUGUUUUAUAUUCAUGAUGUUAUUGGUUUAAUUUAUCCUUGAUUUGUUUGCACAAUCUGGGUGCUGGUCUUAUAAAUGUAUUUUUUGCUUGGUUUAUUUUAGGAGAAUUUUUAAGAGGUUUUAAGUAUCGAAGCAGGGCGUAGAGUUUGCGUGCAAGUGCAUAACUAUAUUUGUGUGUGUGUGGGUGUGUCUGAAUUUUAGUACAGGAUGUGUGGGUGCGUGUGCGAGUGUGCGAGAUAGUGUGUAUAUCUAAAAGGGGGGUCAUUCUCUCUAUCCGUAUGCACCUUUUACAGAUUGUAUCUAUUUAUUUAUUUAUUUUUCCCAGAAGAGAAAAAAACGUGUGCGAGGAUAAGCGUGUGUGUGUCUGUGUGCGUGCGCCUGUGUUUGAGUGGUUACUAAGUAUUCUAAAAAGCUGAUUUUAAGCCUAGACACUAAAUUAAGGUAGCAUUACAAGUAUGGUGUUUUGUGUGUUUGCGAGAAUGUGUCUGUGUGUGUGUGUGUGAUAAUGGGCCUCCUUAACACAGGGUCACCAUGGACAGGCAUGCUUCCAAAGCUUUGUGAUUUCGCUAGCACGUUUUUUUGCUUUUUAGCCAAGCUGCAGUCAGAAGCCACUCGACCUUUUUCCUUUUUUGUGUGUAACUGCUCAUUACAUCACGUUUCUUGUACAUUUCUGUUUGGAGCUAGUUCAGCGUUUAAGGUCUCCAGCCAGGACAGGAGUUUACAGUGGUGAUCGGCAUUGCAGCUUGGAGGUGCGCCAUUUUGGCAGUCGCUGCUUUUCCUCAUCAUGGACGGCCGCUCUGAACGGUAGAAGCACCAAAUUCAUACUGCCACAGCUGGGUGAAUGACCUGAGGUGGGUUCCGCUGUAAUCCGACAACAGUAAUCACAUGAUUUCCUCAUUUAAUCAUAGUUAAAGCUACAAAUGAAUUAUUAGGGCUGGUGUACAGAUGCUGCAAGACUUCUGAGUCACACCUCUUUGUCUGAGGUGUGUUCACAUCACAAAACAUUGUGACUUAUUAGCGCUGUUGAUUUGUAUUUGUCUGUAGUGCAGUUUACUGGUAAAACUCAUUACUGGGGAAUUAUAAUACAAACAGGAGAUUUACAGAUAAUUGAUAAUCGAUUGGUUGAUGGGAUUCAUUGUUGGAUAUCAAUCAGAAAACUGUCGGAGGGAAGUGGCGUUGUGAAACAUUUCCUUGUGUUUUUUUCUUUUUCUCUUGCCUUCUCGGUAGCAUGCUGACAUCUGUUGACUGACCUUUCUCUAUUAUAGCCUCUCCCUUGAUUACAGUUUGUAUUUAGCUUAAUGGCCACAGUACGCCAUAGAUAAUUAUGGUAGUCAGGCCUCAGUAGAUUACACACAGAACAGGUCUCCCUCCAGUAUUAUAUCUCAUUAAACCAUUCCUGACGUCAGCUUCACAGCACCGUCACAUUUAUUAUCAGUAUUCAGAUGAUAUCAAAUCUGGAAAACCCCCACAAUCUUGAUGCAGAGUCGACGAAACAGAAGGAUAGUAUUAAAAAUACCGUACCAGUGCAGAUACAUAUAUAUAUUUAGGUACAAAAGCAGAAAUAGAUGGUGUAAGAAAAUCAAGGGUUUAGAUUUUUUUUUUUUUAUAAAUGCAUGUUGCCAAAGUCUUGGACAAUUUAAGAAAUCUAUUCAAUAAAUUAUCUCUUAAUCCAGCCAAUCCAUUACCAGAUACAUUAUCACGUGUUAGUUGUAACUUCACUUUUUUGUCAAGGUCUCACUGCUGAGCUCUCGUUCCUCCGCGUUAAGCAGAGCAGGUUUGUGGCAGGGAAGGGUUUGCAUGAACACACAGCCAUACACUGCAUCCUGUGCCAGUAACGGACUCCUGACAUUAUUAUGCAAAUUAAAUGUGAAUUUUGAAUGUUUUUUCAGUGGCAGUACUAAAGUGGCUGUGAUCAUAUACGGCAAACCCUGAAGAACUCUGUGUCAUCGAAGGAAUACCUUCCCUGGCAUUUAGUCUGUUGUUAUUCUUUUUCACAACACUAGCUUCACAACACUAUCUUAGCUCGCAUCAGUUUGAGUAUAAGCUGUUUAUUUUCCUUAUCAGACUUUUAGUCUAAAAUCUAGCACGGCGGAUUUGAGAACAGUAACGUGUUGAUUCGUGUGCACGGCAGGAUCUUGCUUCAGCGCUUAAUCCGCAGAAUCUCAAUUUGUGCUUUGGUUUUUGUUCCUACACUUUGUUGCAUCAGUUAAAUAGUUAACCCUGACUUUAAAACACAACAGGGGUUCCUCCUCCAGAAUCCUCCCCCAAUUAGGGUCUAAAUCCUCACUGAUAGAUGUCACCAGCGGGCAACUGCAUUUUAAAGGACUUUGUCACUUUAAAGUUUGUAUCCAAGCUGCUACUUUGGGCCCGAAAUGUUUUCCUGCUUCUUAUCAAACCAUUUUAUCAUCCAGUGUAACAGCAGCCCUGAAUGUUCGGAUAAAGAAACCAUGUGAGGAAGAACAGAGAACAACAGAGUCACUCUUAGUCCUGGUCAUUUAUUAUCAAGGUUGCAUAACAGAUAUUGUAUUAUUAUCGUAGCCUUCAGAUGAAUUUAUGGGUAAUCACAAAAAAAACAAUUUGUUCAGUGUCACAUGAACAUGAAUGAUGCAUAUAUGCACUCAGAAACUAAAUUCAGCGCCAACCUUUCGCUUUUAUGUUCCUAAUAAAUUUUAAUCUAUACUUCAUAUUUUAUUUGCUCAAAAGCUUUUUAGUUUCAAAUGCGGAUGAGAGAGCUUCAGAGGCCUGUGGUGCCCCUGUGUGGAAUGGAGCAAUACUGCAUUUAUUUUUGUUCUAAAUAAGUUAGCAUGAACUUUGAGGUGUUGUGUUGCAGUAUAACGGUGUGAGUGGGUGUAAUCCUCCAUCCCACAAGAUAUGCAAAAACAAUGCAAUAACUAUGACUGUAUACAAGGUUCCCGAAGUAUAUAUAUAUAUAUAUAUAUAUAUAUGUAUACGUGUGAAAGUGGAAAACAAAUCUAUAUCACGAAGAUGUAUUGUGUUCUGUUUGUUGAAUUUUAAAGUAAACUCAGUGGUUUCCACGCCACAGAAACAACAUACUUGAAAUCAGGUACAUUGCGGUGCAGUAUAGUGAAGAUGUAUUUAUUUAUAGUUCUCCUGUGAGGGUGUCGAGUCUGUAGCUGCAUAGAGAAAGGGACCUGGAACCCGUGUUUUUGCUUGUGGUCCAACAUACAGCCAAUGGAGACCCAGAGUGACAAGUCAUUUAGUUUGAAGACUCUGAAACCAACUUCUCUGACUCAGAACUUAUUGGCUUAUCUCUUUCUCUUGUUUAUUUCCAGUAACACGUAGUUUAAGCUUUGUCACUUUUGCAUGAGGUUCACAUUUCACAUGCCGACAUUAGAGUAUUCCAGGUUUUGUCAUAAUUUGGUUUAAGCGUGUAUCACUACACAUUUCGACAGAGUAGCUAUAGUGUACAUACAGAUACAUGAUGAAAGUCAGUAUUUAUUCUGUUAAUUAGCACUUGACAGUGGACUGUAGUGGAGGAUGGUGGUUUUGCAUAUCUUGUGUCUUAUGGGCUCGUAGUUUAUUUCCUGAAUUGAAUUCUGAAUAGGACAGAUCUCAUGUUUAUGACUGUUGAAAUAUGAAGGAAAUGGCAAACUACAUUAUUUUUACUCUCCACUUUCGACAGCUGUCACUUUCUUUGCCUGUGUUAUCAUAGUCUUUGUCUUCAGUUCCUCCUCUCUCAGACCAGUGGCAAUGAAAUGGAUCAAAUGGCCCGUACAUAGUAGUUCUUUGCUCAAAUCCUUCAACAUGGUGGACAAACACUUGGCACAUACACACUUUAUUGCUUUUUGGAUGUAUCCAGCACAGAGCGAUGAAUAUUUAAACUAAACUGGAGCAGUGUACCAGUUCCAUACUUCAUGCUAAAUCUAAGCAGGUCAGAUAGACGUGGUGAUUGUAAAUGAUAAUUUCCUGUGAGAAAGAAUCAGAUCCAGCAAGUUCAUGAGUAAAGAUGAACCAUUAAUUGGUUUAAAAUCAGUCAAUAGAAACUAGUGUUUAUCUACAAUUAAGGAAACUGUUAAAAUCUAAAGAAUUUUAAACAAGAAGCCGGGGAUCAUGGGUAAUAUUUACAAGUCAGAGUAAGCCUUUGUUUGAUCUAUCACCAAUCUCUCAAACAGAACCCAACAGAAUUAAUCCCCAUGUGUGGCUGCAGAGGGCGCUGUUGCUCAGUAAAAGUUGCAUAGUGCUCAUUUCACACAGUUAUGGCAUAAUUUCUUAUUAGUAUGAAAUUAUUAAGUUUGCUUAUUUAAUUUAUGCCAACAGCAGAAAUGUAUUCUAAAAAAAUUAGUGUUUAGAUAUGCUGGAUACAAUAAGCAUGUAAUAUGGAAUUGGAACACAGUUUGUUUCAAACAGCUGAUAUUUGGACUAACUAGCAGGAGAAGCACAGUGGAAACCAAUAACACUCCAGUAAACCAGCGUGCACCGAACCACAGCUGGAUCUUUCAGUUUUCAGUUCCAGCUGUGCUUUUAGAAGUCACACUGGUUCUUCUGUGUGGAUCCCUGUUCCUGUGGUUCUCUGCCUGACCCUAGUUAGUUACUUCCCUCUGUAUCAGGCUGAUAAGCUCCAGCUGCAUUUGCAGUCGCUCUCCAUCUCCACCCAGAGCUCCGCUAAAACUACACCCUCGCAAAUUGAACUCCUCCUCAAGUCAAAGCUGAGACGCAGAGUGAAAGCCUUCAUGACAAUCGAUUGGUGGUUGAUGACAAUGGGAAGCAACGGGUGUAAGAAUGUCAUUGUAAGGGAUCGAAGAAGGUUUGGUUUCCUCCUGUCUGGAUUUCAGGGCCGUCUAAGAUCUGACAUGAUGAGUUUCAUAUAUAUUCAAGUAAUGUUUUACAUGUGCAUGGAUAUCUCCCCAAAAAAAGAUUGGUCCUAUGUGAAUGAUAAUAUAUUUUGUCUCACCACUAGCCAAUGAUUGUAUAUUUUUAUACAGCAAGAUAUAUAUGAAUAUAUAAUAUUUAAUCACCAGAAUGUUAUAGAGUUAUGAAAAGGGCAAGACACAUAUUUGGGAAUGUAAUUAGUCAAAUAUUGGUUCUGAACAUGGUCUGUAAAGAGAAACUUACUGAAGGUCGGAAUGAAUUUAUUGAAGUCCAACUUUAUUGACUAUUUUUGACCAAAAAGAAGCAGCAGGUGAUUAAGCUGUUAUAUUUACUGGAGAGGAAACAUUGUAUGUUUUAGCUGAAGGGAAAUAAUGAAGAUGAUCGGCUCUUAGGAUGUUUCAAAGACUUGUUCCCCAGACGAGUUGGUUUAGUUUGAUGUAGAAAGUCUGUUUUACAAGUUAACUUUGUAAUACUCACUUUAACUUGUGCUCUGAGAGUAGACGUGGGAUGAAUCUGUUCUUUUCCCUAAACAAAUAUCAACAUUUCACACCUUCUUUUGAAUUUUAAGCAGCAGAGAGAUCCAAAAAUCCGACGUGUUCUUUUUCGUGUUUGUUUCGUGUUUUGUGAAAUGGGCUGAAAGACGCUAAACCUGCCAGGAGCCUGUCAGCGCAGGUCCAAGUCUUGACGUUUUCAUACUGUAGCACUGAGAGACCUGUCUCUCUUUCACUGGUCCUACAACAGAGAAAUACACACACACAUAUAUAUACUGUUCACUUUUUCAAACAUCUUGUUUAAGCUUUUAAAGACAUUUAACCAAAAAAUUCAACCUGUUAAGUACUAAUCUCUCUGUCUCUCUCUCUCUCUCUCUCUCUCUCUCUCUCUAUGCUUCUAACCAUUAAAACCAUGUAGCUUCUAUUUUUUU